CUUUUUGCGGCUUAAUACUGUUUUUCUGAUGAUACUGUUCAAAAGAGAUCCAUAAUUGCCCCACUCACUGGGCAAAGGUGGGAUUUUCUCUGUUCCCAAUUCCUGGUCCUUAAAAUUCCUUAUACUUUCCUCUCCUAAUAUAUAAUCCGUGAUUGAAGUAAUGGGAGGACAAUGCAGAACACGGCGAUAGUUCCAAGCCAAGAGGAGACGAAAGUCGGCUUUUCGUCCGAUGUCGAAAAGGGGCUUACCGAGAAAACCAUUGGUAUACCACUAGAGUCUGGGGCCACAAUACCUCUCUCCGACGAGAUUCAAGAUGCUAGUUCGUUUGAAACAGGAGAAAUAAUUUCUAGGCGUGGAAUAAAGCGUGUGUUUCAUCGUCUACUCCAGCGAUCCAAUGUCGGAAAGCCAAUCGAUACCUCUCCGCCACCAGAUGGAGGGGUUCGCGCCUGGGUCACUGUCUUCCUCUGCCACAUGGCACUCUUCACAACCUUCGGCUGGGUCCAAGCCUACGGAGUCCUGCAAACACAUUACGUCUCAGCCCUAAAUCUCCCUUCGUCCUCAACCUCCUGGAUCGGCUCCAUAUCAGCAUGUCUCAUGAUGGCCAUGGGGACUUUCUCAGGACGCCUAACUGACGCGGGAUAUUUCCACCAAACGUUCGCUGUAGGGACCUGUCUCCAGCUCCUCGGCUUCUUCUCAACGUCCGUCGCGACGACGUAUUGGCAACUGAUGCUCUCGCACGGCGUUUGCAUUGGCUUGGGAGGAGGGCUGGUCUUCUGUCCUGCAAUGUCUGUUGUUGGGACGUAUUUCUCCAAGCAACGGAGUCUCGCUCUGGCUAUUUGUGCUAUCGGAAAUUCGGUGGGCGGAUUGGUUUUUGCGGCUAUUCUCCAGAAUAUGAUCCCGUCGGUGGGGUUUGGGUGGGCGAUAAGGACUUGUGGGUUUAUUGUGAUGGCGAGUAUGGUUCCUGCGAAUCUGAUAUUGAAGCCGAGGAAUUUGACGAAGGAGAAGGCGCCGUUGGUGGAGUGGGUGGCGUUUACGGAGUUGACGUAUUGUUUGUUUGCGGCAGGAAUGUUUGUCACUUUCUUAGGGAUGUGGGUCCCGGUUUUUUAUCUUGGAUCCUUCGGAAGAGAUAUUAUCGGUAUUUCCAGCAAAAAUGCCUCUUCCCUACUGCUCUUGAUCAACGGCAUAGGCAUAGCAGGUCGCGUCAUCCCAGCAUUGCUCGCCUAUCGAUUCGGACCACUAAACCUCAUGAUCCCGCUCACCUUGAUGGCGGCUUUAAUCCUAUUCUGCUGGGCAGCAGUAGAAGACUAUCAAGGAAUUCUGGUUUUUGAUAUCUUCUAUGGCUUUAUAAUGGCAGCCGGGCAGGGCAUGUUUCCGCCUUCGCUAGGCAGUUUGACGACCGAUUUGUCGAAGAUGGGAGUCAGGAUGGGUAUGGUUUUCUCGAUAUGUGGUCUAGCGCUGUUGGUUGGGCAGCCUCUUGCUGGAGUAUUGAUUACUGCUGAUGGGGGAGAUUAUCUGUAUACUCAGAUGUAUUCUGGAGCAGCAAUGACACUGGGUGUUGGGUUCAUGGUUGGAGCAAGGAUAUCGAAGAUGGGUUGGAAAUUAUGGGUAAUUGUAUAGCAGUCAUCUCUAGAACAUUCGAACUUUGGAAAGUGGUUCAUGUUCGAAGAUUGAAGAGUGAUCUCUUCGAAUGUUUUCCUACCAUAUUGAUGAAAGGUCUGGAGCAACGUACUAGACGAAUCGAAGAGCCGGUGAAAAUGUUACCAAUCACAUGCACGUCGGGGCCCAAGGAUUGGAGGACGUAUUCCAUAUGCAAUAAACAUAGCAGAUGUCAAGUAACAGAAUAUUGUACGAUGAAUAAAAGUUC